AAAUGGCGACCAAGUGACCGCCAAGAGAUGCAGGUGCACACGAAUUCAAUUCUAACGUCUACAUAAGAAAAUGGAAUGGUUUGAUGAAACUUGAUCGACACAGAAUAAGACCUGAAGAUAUUUAAAAACAAAGGUCGGUAAUACAAGAAAGCACCAAAUAUGUCUCUUCGAACAAAGAUUCGUAGCUUUACUGCCUGGGUCAACAUGAGGCUGCUACAGUAUGACCAACUUUUAAACAAUUGCCUGAUGGAUCUCCUUACUGGUACCCAUAUGAAGUUUCUGAUUGAGAGUAUGACUGGUAGCAGUAUAAAAAGACUAGAGAGUUUUGAUGGGUUGUCACAGCAACAGAAGCAAACACGUAUUGACUGGAUUGUAGAUGAGUUGAAGUCCAAUGGUGUAUUACCACAGGAUUCCUCGGUUGAUUCACGAUUGUUUGUGAUGAGAAGUGCUGAUCAGAAAGAGAAAGGAGAACCAGUGAGUUUUGAAGGCGAUCGUUAUGUAUUUGAAGUCAUGUGGAGACUAGUCAGCCAUGACAUUUGGUUUGUAUGGGAAAGAGCUGAAUACCUGCAACACGAAGAUGAAGAUAUACUCUGCCAAGUACCAUUUAAGUGGACUCCAGAACCUAUUCCAGAAAAACCAAAAGCAAAGAAAUCCAAAAAAUCACUGUUGACAGGGUUUGGUCCUGGAGCUGUUAUAGAGGAGCAAUCAGAAUCACAGGAUGAAAUAGAAAUAGUAGAAACAGAGCCCUUUUCCAGAUUCCCUAAUGCUGAUUAUGUAAAGAAAUUUAAAAAGAAAAAAGUCAAGUAUGACGACUACCCAAGUCCAGAGGAAUGUAUUAUGGAAAUGGUCAACUAUCAGUUAAAGACAACCAGAGAUGGUAGAAGCCUUUAUGCCUAUAAAGUAGAUGAUUUAGUGGACAGUCGUGUUCUUUGUGCAUUAGUUAACUCAUUUGUACCAAACACCUUCACAUCAGACCUCCUGCUGAACGAUAGGUGGACAAUCAACCUGGCUCUGAAGGCAGCAGAGAGGAUGUUGCAUGCUGAUACUCCAUUUAAUUCUGAAGACUUAGUAGAGUCUGACCCCCAGUCUGUAUGUGCUUAUUUCUGCUUUUUCUUUAUGAUGGGAUAUAAGUUCAGACAAAGUCAAGCAGUUCUUAGUAGAUAUGAUUUUAUGAAUCGUUUAAUCAGAGAAUGUAACCACCAACUGGACAAGAUGCCAGCAAUGAUUUCUAACAUGCAGGAACUACAGAGAAGGAAAGAUUUAAAACAGGAGAUAGAACAGCAUAAACUAGCUCAGGAAAAAUUGAAGAAAAGAUUUGAUAUAAAGUACUGUCAGAAAUGGAUGCAGCAUGUUGAAGAUGUUAAAAGUGAGGUUAGAAAACAGAUCCGUGAUAAGAUGAAGGACCGAUUUGAUGUCAUAGAUGUUCCACGUAAUAUCAGUGUAAAUGAUUACUGUCUGUCAUGUGUUGUAAACUUAACUUUAACCAAUGGAUCAGGAUUUUAUUUGGCAAUGCAAAGAGAGUCUCUGCCAGAAGGGAGAAAAGUUGUGUUAAGAAAUAAACGUACAAAAGAAUUUCAUGAUGAUUUCAGUGGAAAACGAGGAAAGAAUAUUUACAGAGAAAAACAGGAUGAUAAGAAAAGUGGACCAAGUGUAAGAGAAUUACUGAAGUUACCGUCGGUUGGUUUGGUUGAUGUACAUCCGAAUGAUCAUCCAGAUUAUGAGAUAUAUGUUGAAGCCUCUAGUCGAAACAAACAACUGAAAGCUGGACAACAGUUUCUGUACCAAGUUUUCCAUGGCAACACAGUAUCAUGGCAGAGAUUAUUUAUAAAAGCUGCCAGAGAUAAUGAAUAUGAGACAGUUGAAAAGAUGAUCGUAUUUUUCCAAAGUCAUCCUGCAUUUAUUAAUUCUAAAGAGCCAAAAUCUGCUAAUACAGCUCUUCACUGGGCUUGUAGAAAUGGGCAUUUUGAUGUUGUGCGAUUAUUAUUGGAAAAUGGUGCAAAUAUUGAUGCUAAAAAUAUAAUGAAAAAUACUCCAUUGAAUGCUGCUAUUGAAGGUCUUCAUAGAAAAGUCUGUCAUCUCCUUAUAGAAUGGGGUUGUGAUGUACACUGUAAAAAUACCAAACAACUUUCACCGUUUGAAACUGUCAAAAAUGAUGACUUCAAGAAGUAUUUGAUAGAAUUGUAUGAACACUAUUCCAACAUUGUACCUAAGAUAAUGUCUGGUGAUAUGGACCUUUUGGAUAGAUCAUUGUCAGACCAUUCCAGAGGAUAUAAGGAGUAUUGCUGUUUAAGAAGCAGAUGUAUAAAUGGCAGUACAUUACUUCACACCACAGCUUACCACGGCCAUAUACAAGGAAUACGAGAUAUCCUGUCAUUGAGGGUGGAUGUUAAUGUUAGGGACUACAAGGGAGCUACGGCUUUACAUAGAUCCAGGAAUGCCUCGAUACUGGAGGAGAUACUUGACUCAGGAGCUUUAGUUGAUGCUGAAGAUUCAGAAGGAAAUACACCACUACAUGUUAAAUGUUACGGUGAAACAGGGAAACCAGCAGAAAUGGCCAGUAUAGAACUUCUGCUACAUAAAAAUGCGAACAUAUGUAAAAGGAACAACAGGAGCCUGUUACCAAUACAUUGUUGUGCUAUGCAGGGUCGUAUUGAUGUUAUGAAGAUGUUAAUUCGUAACGAUCAGGAGGGAUUAAUGAUCAAAACUAUUAAUGCUGAGGAGGAACAGAAUCCACCAAGUUUGCCACAUCUAGCUGUGGCUAAUGAUUUCAUAGACUCGGCUAAGUGGCUGAUUGAAAAUGGAUUUUAUUUCAAAGAAAAGGAACAAAACAUUUUAUUACGGAGAAUAUUGACAGAGCAGUUAAACUUGAAGAGUUCAGUAGACGCUGUCCAAUUUUUGCUGGACAAUGAUGCCGAAGUUAAUCCGAGGUACCCAGGGGGUAACUGUGCACUACACUACUCUGCUGGAUUAGAUGGAUCAUCAGAGAUACUGGAGCUAUUUUUAUCAUACGGAGCUGAUGUGGACCCUAUCAAUGAAGAAGGCAGGACCCCACUUUUUUAUGCUACCCAGGCCAAUAAUCAAUUUGCUGCAUGUGUACUUCUGGAGCAAGGGGCUAAUGUCAGGCAGAAAGAUGUUCAUGGAUUGACAGCAUUUGAUUACAUUGUGGAUUAUGAUGAGUGGAUUGAAUGUGGAUAUUUUACUGAUGAUAUCAAAGCCAGAUUAAAAGCCUUCAGUCUAAAGCAUGCCAGAGACUUAGUUAGAGCUAUAUCUAAGAAAGUGAAGACCAAUCCAUUCCAUCCAUUACGUCAGAGAAUGUUAACGGAGUCGACCAUGGGGUUAACAACUCCUGGGUCAGCCAUGAACAGCCCGGUACAGACUAAACCCUUGUCUAGUGGUUCGGCAAUCUCAGCUUACAGCCAACUCAGUCAAAUAUUACCUCCGAUAAAUAGGAGACAGUCUGUUGGUAUGGGCUAUCUUCACCAUACUGGUAAUGUUGGUAUUGUAUGAUGUUAUUCCAUAUCAUACCUCAGCUCAGAGUCCUCAGUCAGAUAUUAUCUUUAAUGAAUAAGAUACAGAAUGUCAAAAUGAGACAUCUAAGAUUACUACACUAGUAUUGUAGACAUGUAUGGUGUUAAAAUUUUCUUAAAAAUGUGUUGUUGUCUUUUAAUAUGUGGUAAAGAUUCAUGCUUUAUUUUCACAUUUUCAUCAUUUUGUGAUAUUUAUUUACUGCUCUGGCCAAUAUUUUAUUAAAAUAAAGAUGUAAGAUUUUCUUGAAUGAAGUUUAAAAGGCAGAUUUUCCUGAUGUUUCAUAUUGACUAUUAAGGAAAUGUUAUACAUUUCCUGUAUAUACAAUGAUGUACUUAUGUACAUACAGGACUUACAAGUGAAGGUCAAUUGUUACUGUUUAUUUGCACAUACACACUAGGCAUUGUCAUUGCUUGCUGAUGCUGGGGCAUAUUAUUGUUUUUCUUCAAUGAAAAAAUAUUCAUAUGAAAGUAAUUUAUUAUCAUUAUUGUGAGACAUUCAAAUGAUUUUAUCUUAUAGAAAUAAUAUAUUUAAC